AUGAAAGGAAAAGCUCCCUGUUCAAUAAUAACUGAUGGAGAUCUGGCUAUGAGGAAUGCUAUAACAAGAGUCAUGCCAGGUGUUUCUCACAGAUUGUGUGCGUGGCACUUAUUGCGUAAUGCAUUAAGCCAUGUCCGAGACAAACAUGUUUUGAAAUGGUUGAAGAAACUAAUGCUUAGUGAUUUUGAAGUGGUGGAAUUCGAAGAAAAAUGGAAAGAGAUGGUUGCUACGUUUGAAUUGGAAGACAAUAGUUGGAUUGCUGAACUUUAUGAAAGACGGAUGAAGUGGUCUACUGUCCAUUUGAGGGGUCGUUUUUUUGCGGGCAUACGGACAACAUCUCGUUGUGAGGCUUUCCAUGCACAUGUUGCAAAAUAUGUUCAUUCACGCACCAAUUUAACCGAUUUUGUAGAACAAUUUCAAAGGUGCCUGACAUAUUUUCGAUAUAGAGCGGUUGUGGUAGAUUAUUCGUCAACAUACGGGAAAGAAGUUUUGCAAACAAAUCUUCUAUCUCUUGAGCGGUCUGGUGAUGAAUUGUUUACAAAGGAGAUGUUUCAACUUUUUCAGUCUUAUCUAUGUAGGACUAUUAAGCUAAGAGUCGUUGAUUGCAAAGAGAUGGCCACUUUUUCAGUUUUCAUAGUUGUCAAGUAUUGUAGUGGAAGUGUUUGGCGUGUGUCGCAUUGCCCAUCAAUGGUUGAGUUUACAUGUACUUGUAUGAGAAUGCAAUCCAUUGGUCUUCCAUGUGAUCACAUAUUGACUGUGUUGGUUUCUUUAAAUUUUAUGGAGUUUCCAAGUAGUUUGGUUUUGAAUAGGUGGUCCAAACUUGCCACCGAACAGAUUAAAGACAAAUAUCCGGAUUCCGCAAUGUAUUGGGAUUCGCAAUUGAUGGCCAAGUAUGCCACUUUGGUUGAAGUUUCUAGAGAAGUUUGUGCAGCCGCAUACCGUGAUGAAGAGGAGUAUGACAAAAUGUUGCAUUUCCUAUCCAAUGAGGCUACAAGGCUGAAGUCAAAGCAAAACAACGAACAUUGUGUUGAUGAUAAUCAGAUGCACCAACAAGAUGAUGAUUUUGCAGGUAUUUUAGACCCUGUUGUGGUUCAAAGUAAAGGAUGCGGACAGGUCAAAAUGGAUGAAAGUGGCAGACAAAGGAGAAUCCAAAAGUGUCGGCAAUGUGGUGGAAUUGGCCACAACAAGCGUUCUUGCACCAACCGUCCUCGAAAUGUAAAUGGUUGUAUGUCAUCCACCGAACAAACUAAUACUAUGUUGCAAGCUACACAUGAAAAUUACUCUGAAGUGGAGCCGCAGACACAGUCAUUUGUUGCUGGUAGUAGCCUGUUGGGGUGGACUACUCUAGUUUCGAGGACCAGAACCUCCUAUGAAGAAGAAGAAGGAGAAGCUAGAGGAAUACCAAAAAGGCACAAAGUCGCCGCAUGA